CUGUGGGAUUGCUCAUGUGACCGCGGCCCUGUGACAGGUUAGGCUGCAGCACUGAGCGGAAUAUGUUGCGGCCCAAAGCGCUCACCCAGGUUCUGAGCCAGGCCAACACCGGGGGAGUCCAGAGCACCCUGCUGCUGAACAAUGAAGGCUCUCUACUUGCAUAUUCUGGUUAUGGUGACACAGAUGCCCGAGUUACAGCUGCUAUUGCUAGCAACAUUUGGGCUGCCUAUGAUAAGAACGGCCACCAGGCAUUCAACGAGGACAAUCUUAAAUUCAUCCUUAUGGACUGCAUGGAGGGCCGCGUGGCAAUCACAAGAGUGUCUAACCUGCUGCUGUGCAUGUAUGCCAAAGAGACUGUUGGAUUUGGAAUGCUGAAAGCCAAGGCCCAGGCGCUGGUGUAUUACUUGGAAGAACCCCUCAACCAGGUGUCCUCUUCCUAAGGGGAGCAGCACUGUGCAUCGGAACUGUAUGGGAACCUCACCCAGGGGGUAACUGAGCCCCUGCACUGAUGGAGGGAACAUUACCUGAAGCUGAUCCACUUCCGCAGGCUGCCACGCAGCCCAUUGCUUCCCCCCCUUUGCAACACAAACCUACCCUGCCCCCCCUUGCUAUACGGACUUUCCUUGUAUAUAUGUGCUUCUAUGACCAGGGCAGACUGCACAAUCUAAACAGCAUUUCUGCUAAUAAAGGUCACCUAUGGAACUGCAGUUCCCAGCACCCUAAGCCAAUGCUGCGAGCUGCAGAUCCUUUUAAAUACAAAGGACUUGAUAGCCGGUGUGCCCUAAAGAUCUUCAAUGAAUUAGUAUUACUGAUUAACUGAUAAAAUGAAUUUAUAUUAAAAAUAAACCUAUUUUUUUUUGUACUGUAUAUUAAUAAGAUUACUCUUCAGUUCACCUUCCCAUAAACAGACUGUUUAGGGGUAUAACUUAUUGGGUGUAGGCCCGGACUGGCAAUCUGUGGCAUCUGGCAAAUGCCAGAGGGGCUGCUGUAAGAUGCCAUAAACACUCACUAUUAUUGGGCUAGUAGGGGAGCUGUUUGGGCCUCUGUGUACUUGGAAAGCCAGGGCCUAUUUCAGGUCCCAGGCCAGCUUUUAUUUGGGCGCAUCUCUGGGUUUUUACACAAGUGGGGGCUGCCCUGUUUCUUAUCUAAGCAGCAGUAAAUCUGCUUUCUCCAUAGAGUAUAUACAGUGCCUCUAGUGGCCAUAAGCUAAAAGUGCAUUUGGCAUAUUUAUACAUUACAUGAAAGGCCUAUGGGGCCUAGUUAUUGAAAGGUGAAAUAGAGCAGAGGGAAAUUCUGCAGCUCUUUAAUCAUGUGAAUGUCUUUUUUUAAGCUAUCACCUCUCGUUGGAAGCAAAUAUCAGCGUGUGUAUAGCCAGUUUAGGGACCAAUUUACAUCUUGUCUCUGAUUGCAUCGGCUAAGAGAGGAUCCUCCUACAGCCUGAGCAAUGGGUGCAAGUAAAGGGGAAGCUUUCAUUACUUUUCUGUGUAUCUUUCUCAUGUACAGUGAUCAGGUUCCUUGGGCAGGACAGUGCAAUGUAUUUGGCCUUUGCCUCUGUGUCUUCAAUAAAUGGCAGUGUUGCAAAA